AUGCCUCCUCUCGCCACACUUCUCCGCCGGGCCGCAGUUGACCUUGGUUGGGUGAACACCAAAGCACAGAUCAACCAACCACACCGGGCAAAGCAGGAUCAACAACAUCAGAGAGGGGAGGGAGGUAACAAGCAGCAGGCUAACGGCUUGCAGACAGGCCUCGUUACCAAGACAGGCAGCAGGUAUAGCCAUCCAUCCUGCAAAAUAAGGGGCACAGGCGACCAAGAAACGAGCACAUACCCGGAAAGCCACAACAACUAG